CUGUCUCCCGUCCCAAUCAUCUGUAUCCUGCAGUCAAAUGGCAGUUAUUCCGUAGUUGCAAUUACUUGUUUGUGUGAUUACGAUUAGAAGUGUUAUCUGCUGUGGGUCUUAUCUGGAUGGUUUUCGGGAGGUAGGGGUUUUUUGUUUGUUUCCAGUCUGUCUGGCGUAGUAAGUGCUUAAUAAUGGAUCGCGCUACUCACGAAACGUGUUGCUCCCAUUCACAGGCAAUUGAAAGUCUCCGUCAACUUCUAAAAUGCGCGACGGAGGAGCUACAAUCCGCGAGAACCGCGGCCGCAGCACAGGGACAGCUGCAUGAGGCGCGGGUUCGAUACCUGGAGGAGCAAUUAAACGUGGUGAAGCGGGAAAGGGACGAGCUUAAGGAGCAGCUAGAGAGCACUGAGCAGAAGCACAAGCAGGAGCUGGACCAAGCCCGAUCGGACUCCCAGGCCUUAAUCCGACCGUCCAUUACAACCACGGUUGCCGAGCCCGUGGACAUGGCUCGGGUUACCGAGCCUGUGGUCCUGGCUCGAGUGGAGAAGGUGUCUAUGACUAGGGUUGAGUCUGUCAGUAUGCAGACUGCUCCUAGCGCUUUAACUCCUGGCUCCUCCAUUCAACAGUUCCAGCAGGGUGACACGUGGCAGAUGGCGCCUCAGACGACCACUGUGUAUCAUCACGAGCAGCAUCACCAGCAUCAUCAGCCGCCGCCGCAGCAGCAGCAGCAGCAGCAGGUGCAGCAACAGGUGUUUCAUCAGGUGCGGGUGGAGAGCCAGCAAACGACGGAGCAGCACCAAAUACGGACGUCCUUAGGAGCCUCUGGCAUUCAGAUGCUCACUACCCCGCAGGCUGAAGCAGCCCCGUCCGCUGUAGCAGCGUCAGGGUCAGCCUCAGCUCCUGUGAUCGUGGAACUUCCCCCCGAGCCUGUGGUUAGUCAGUCGCAGACGCAGGCGUCCCAGGCGACUCAGGCGACGGCUCAGGCGACGGGCCAGCAGUCGCAGCAGCUGCUGCCGUCGUCACCUGCUGUCGCGCAGGUGCAAUCGUCCGGGCCAUCGCGCCAAGCGUCGCAGCUUUCGCAGGAGCAGCUGCUGACGAUGGAGAUCCAGCAGAGCGAGGAGCAGCUGCGACUGCUGCGACAGAAGCGACAGCAGAUCCACGAGGAGGCGAUGAGCGUCGAUUCGCAGUGCCUGCAGCAGCAGGAAGAGCAGCAGAGCACACAGCAGCAGCAGCAGCAGCAGCAGCCAUCACAGCAAGAGCAGGUGCAGCAGCUGCAGCAGCAGAUUGAGGGGCAACGCUUGCAGCCGUCCCUCCCUGCUGUCCACUCGGGUGGGCCCACCUCCUCCGGCGGCCUCCCUCCCCUCCCUGGCAGCUUCCCCCAGGGGCCUACCUCGGGACCCCAAGUCCUGCCCUCGGUACAACCACACUCGCUACAAGCUCAAGGGAUGCAGGGGGGGAUGCAGGGACAGGGAGUGCCUGGGCUGGGAAUGCAGGGACAGGGUUUGUCGCAGCAGCAGCAGCCCAAUCACCAGCAGCUGCCGACUCACCAGCACCAGCAGCCCACCCAGCAGCAGCCUGUGGUUCCACAGCCGACUGCAUCGGGAGGGCAAGUUCUUGCGAGCUCAACAGCAGCAGAAGCACCGCCGCCAGCGCCACCCUCCGUUGGAGGCGGUUCCGUCCCCGUGUCUCCUGCAGUGCACACAGCCUCGGGAGGUGGCUCGGUGCAGCGUGCCGGACCUAGCCUGCUGGCUCGGCAAGGGUCUGGACCGGGAGGGCUUCCGCAGCUAGUGCAAUCCGUUCCAUCAUCUCCCCAAGUGGGAUUCGAAGUAGCUUCUAGCGCGGAUAGCUUUCCCAAGCAGCAGGGCCAGUCAGGGCAGCAGCAGCAGCAGCAGGGGCGGAUGCCGAGGGUGGGGAGCUGGAACGACUUGUCACAGCAGAAUGGGCAAGGGGGGACGGGUGGAUCAGCAGCAGGGGCAGGUAUGGGAGUGGCAGGAGGGGGGGGAGUGGGAGUGAGUGUGGGAGCAGCGUCCGCACAGAGUAAGGCGUCCAGCCUUGCUCCCAGGCAGCUGCUGCAGCAACUGCCGCCCAUGCCCCCUCAACAGCAGCAGCAGCUUCAGCAGCCGCAGAUGCAGCAGCAGCAGCAGCAGCAGCAGCAGCAGCAGGCAGCGCUGUCCGGUCAGCAGCAGUCUGUUCCGCCUUCGCCUUUAUUGCAUGCCCAAAGCCAGAUGCCACCAAUGCACGCGCAUGCACAGGCACAGUUACAGGCACAGGCACAGUUGCAGGCGGAGUUACAGGCGCAAGCACAGGCGCAAGCACAAGCACAAGCACAGGCACAAGCACAAGCACAGGCACAAGCACAGGCACAAGCACAAGCACAAGCACAGGCACAGGCACAGGCACAGGCACAGGCUCAGGCACAAGCACAGGCACAGGCGCAAGCACAGGCACAGGCACAGGCACAGGCACAGGCAAAGGCACAGGCACAGGCACAGGCACAGGUACAGUCGCAGUCGCAGCAGCUGCAGCAGCCGACGAUGCAGCAGCAGCCGCCAGCUUCCCCUGCGCUCCAGCCAGGGACAAUGCAGCAAGUGCAGCCGCAGCAGCAGCAGCAGCAUGUAGCGGCGUCGCCACUUCUGCAGCCAAGGCAACGCCCUCCUCCCUCCCCCAUGCUACAGGCGCAGCAGCUGCAGCAGCAGCAGACGCAGCAGCAGAUACAGCAGCAGGUUCAGGCACAACAGUUACAGGGGCAUCAGCAGCAGCAGCAGCAGCAGAUGGGGCCGUCUCAGCAACAGGCAGCAGUUUCAGCCAUGCAGGUGUCACCGCCUAUCCCAGCAGCUCAAGACGCUGCUGCCUCCUUGCAGCAACAGCAGCAGCAGCAACUGCUGAUGCGGCAUAAGCUGCUUCAGCUGCAGCAGCAGCAGGAGCAACAGCAGAUGCAGCAGCAGCAGCAGCUGCAGCAGCAACAGCUGGAGCAACAGCAGCAGAUGGAGCAGCAGCAAUUGCACCAGCAGCAGAUUGAUCAGCAGCAGCAACGGUUACAGCAGCAGCAGCAAGUUGUGCAUCCCCAGAUGCCAGUGCCUGUCACUGCGUCGCUGCCCCCUCUUCCUCCUCAACAGCAGCAGCAAAUAGCAUCACAGCAGCAACUAGCGCAGCAGCAGCAGCAGCAGCAGCAGCAAAUGCAACCAUUUCAACAAACGCCCUUAGACGGCGACUUGGGACGGUCUGUUGGAGUCUUACCUCCCUUGGGAGGCCCGCCCACAGACGAAGGGCCACCUCUUGGCGCCAUUCCCCGCCGCAUAAUGCCUGCUGCAGCCACGGCGUCAGGGGACGGCGGGGGCGGCUGCGCAAGUGGCACGGGAUCGUACUCUGCGUGCGAUUUUCGGGGCUCCCUGCCCCCUCAGGUGCUCUCCUCUGUGCCCAGCUCGCCUCAGCGCUUGACUUCACUUGCUGUCACUGCUGCUGCUGCUGCUGCUGCUGCUGCUGCUGCUGCUGCUGCUGCUGCUGGUGGUGGUGGUGCUGGUGGUGCUGGUGGUGCUGGUGGUGCUGGUGGUGGUGGGGAAGGGGGUGGUGCGGGGGGGGGGCGGGAGGUGGGGCGGGAGGGGGGACAGGAGCAGGAAUGGAGGUGGAAUGGGGAACAGGAGGGGCGAGCAGGAGGGAUGGGUGGCUCUGCAGGUGCGGCUGUAGCAGCAGCUUCAGCAGCAGUCGCGGCAUCAGCUGGAGCUGCAGCAGCGGCAGCAGCUGCUGCUGCUGGUGACGUGGACAAGUGCAUCCUGAUGCCCAGCUCAGGGGUCAUCGUGGGCCUCAGCAGCCUCGAGGGCACGCCUCCCUGCGUGGAAAUGGUGGGGCCUCUGGCGUUAAGGAUGAUCCGAGAGGCGGAUAGCAGAGUGCCGAGCCCACUGAGGGAUGUCAGGGAUGGGAGGGCGGAAGGGCUGGUGUGCCUCGCGCCGGCUUCUAGCUUUGUGGAAGACUCGGGGGAUUCGUUUAUCCUGCAGCAGCAGCAGCAGCAGCAGAUUUUUGUUGAGCAGCAGAACCAGCAGCAACAGCAACAAUUCCAGGCACAGCAUUUGCAGCCACAAGUACCGCACUCGCACUCACUCCUCUCAGACAAUGCGCGCCCCACUCACACCCCGAUAGUCCCCCCCACCACUCACCCACCCUACCCACCCACCGAAGACGCCAUUCUGGAAAGAACAUCCCCGUUACUAGCCCCUCACAUACCACCACAAUCCGAACCAGCGUCGGCCCUCUCUAAAGCACCCCCUUUGCAAACCCUAGGGGAUAGGCGCUCGCCCCUACCCCCCGGUCACUCCCCCCUCCCUACCACCCGAAUGCCAGGCUCUGAACCCGCACCUCUAGACUUGGAUAACUGUGGGGGGAUGCCUGUGCGAAUGCCGCUCCAGGGGAUGCCUGGGGGGAUGCAGUGUGAGGGCAUGCCGGCAGGGGUGCAGCAGCAGCUCCAGCAGGCGCAAGUGCAGAGUAUGCUGAAGCUGCACAUGCAGGCCGCUGAAGCCAUUGGGAAGGCGCAAGGUCACACACAGCAGCAGCAGCAGGCGCAGCAGCAGCAACAGCAGCAGGCGCAGCAGGUGCAGCAGCAGCAGCAGCAGCAGCAGCAGCAGCAGCAGCAGCAGCAGCAGCAGCAGGCGCAGGUGCAGAGCAUGCUGAAGCUGCACAUGCAGGCAGCUGAAGCCAUUGGGCAGGCGCAAGGAGCAGGAGAGAGGGGCGGGGCGAAUAGUUGCCAGCAGAUGCAAGGUCAGCAGCAGCAGCAGCAACAGCAGCAACAGCCGCAGCUGCAGCAGCAGCAGCAGCAGCAGCAACAGCCGCAGCAGCAGCAGCAGCAGCAAGAGCAACAGCCACAGCAGCAGCGACAUCUGCAGCAGCAGCAGCAGCAGCAGCAGCAGCACGGACUAUUCCAGAGAGGGGAUAGCUCCCCUAGUACACUGUCCAAGGGCGUUCUGGGGGGGGUUGAUGUGGUGAAGGUAGAAAUGGUGGAGGUAGCGGAGUUGACGCCUAUCCUUGCUGUUGACUCACACCAACUGCAGCAGCAGCAGCAGCAGCAACAACAACAACAACAACAGCAGCAACAGCAGCAGCAGCAGCAGCAGCAACAGCAGCAGCUGCUGCUACAUCAACAGCGACUAUCACUGGAGAGACAGCAUCAGCAGCAGCUGCUGCAGCAGCAACAGCAGAUGUCACUUUCACAACAGCAACAUCAACAGCAGCAGCAGCAGCAGCAGCAGCAGCAGCAGCAGCAGCAGCAGCAGCAGCAGAUGGGAAAUACAGGAGGUCAGAGAGAAGGGGAGGGGCAGGGCCAGUGGGCAGGAGCAGAGGUAAAGGCAGAAGAGGUUGGGCUCCUAGACAUCCCUCAUGGCACUAAUGGGGGGGCUGCCAACGCUUAUGGGACCAACGGGGCCGCGAACGGUCAUGGGACUGCUCAAGGGGUAGGGGGGCCAGGCGGAGGCGUGGGAAGUCACGAGGAGGAGGACGAGGAGGAUUUGGAGGAGAUGGAUGAUGAGGGGGACGAGGAGGAGGAGGAGCAGCAGCAGCAUCAGGGUCAGAUGCCCCACUCGCAUCCACACCGCUCCCAACCACACCCGUUCCUACUCCACCCCUUGCACCCCGCGCACCCCUACCAGCAGUUCCAGCACCUGCCCCCGCACUUCCCCUACUUCCAUCCGAGGAACGGAGUCACUGCUCACGCCAUGGGGCUAUCGUCUGUCCCUUCAAUCACCUCUUCCUCUCUCCCUGCUGCUUCAGCUGCCGCUGCUGCCGCCGCCGCCGCCGGUGCUGGUGGUGGUGGUGGUGGUGGUGCUGCUGCUGCUCCUGCUGAUGCUGCGGCUACUGGUGCUACAGCAGCCACGGCUGGUGCUGGUGGUGCUGCUGCCGCCACUGGUGCUGCACCCCGUUGGAACUCCUCUCUCCCCCCUCACACCCAAUCCGCCCCUCCCAACAUCCCACCCCCCCCACCCGCCUCUGCUUCGGCUGCUGUUAAUAACGGCCCUCCCCCUCCCCAGCCCCUCCCUUCUCUCUCCAAUCUCCCUCGCAUCACUGGCGUCCCUGCUGCUGCCACUGCCCCCAUCCCCCCCGCCCCCAUCCCAACCACUCUCAACCCCAUGGUCAUCCCUCCCUCUCUCCCCACCCUAGACCCCGCCGUCCUAGCCUCGGUUCUAGACUCUGACGCGCGUCAGAGGCACCUUCCCGAGCCUCCGGAUACUGACAUGCAGGCGAUGCUGAAGGCUCUGCCUGAGCAGGGGCAACUGGUGAAGGCUGUGCUUGAGGCUGGGCCGCUGCUGCAGCAGCUGCUAGCAGCAGCGCCAAUUCCCCCUUGGAGGACAGCCCUGCAGCCUGGGGAUCAUCCUGCUGCUGCUGCGGCGGCGGCGGCCGCUGCUGCUGCUGCAGCUAAUGCUGGUGACCCAGGUGCGCUGUUUGUGCGGCAGCAGCAGGAGGCACAAGGGGAGAGAGAGCAGCAGGAGCAGAAACAGGGGUCAAUACAGCAACAGCAGCACCAGCAGCACCAGCAGCAAGCGGCAGCAGCAGCAGCAGCACAGGGAGGGCAGCAGGGACAAACAGUGGGGGGACCAUCCCAACCAGCAGCAGAGCUACCCAUGUCUGCUGGCACCCUCCCUCCUGCCAUGGCUCCACUGCCACGUGUCAGGCUCCCAUUCGCCCCCACCAGCGCCGCUGCCGCAGCAGCAGCGGCAGCUCUUGGCGUGGGUCCCCCCCCCAUCCCUCUCCCUCAUUUGACAGCAGCAGCAGCGGCAGCAGCAGCAUCUGCCAGACCCCCGACCUUGCCUGUCCCUGUGCCUGGCUCAUUUGGCACCGCUGCUGCAGCUGCUGCUGCAGCUGCUGCUGCUGCGGCUGCGGCAGCGGGAGCAGGGGCGCAUCCAGGGUUGUUCCAUUCAUACGGGCCGCCCAUUCUGGCCAAUGGGCAUCUUCCCCAGUCGUCCUCCUCUUCGGUUCGAGUGAAGGGGGACUCCUCAGGGCUAGUGUGAAAGGUGUCAACUUAUACAUAUUAUCUAUGUAGAAGUUAUAGGCUAGACUGAGGUAUGCUUCUAGUGAGUACAACCAACUAGUAUUUGUUCUAGGUUUCCACCUCU